CAAUAAAAGUUUGCACAUCUUGUCUGAAAAUUCUCUUCCCUCUGAAACUUUGUGCUAAUCUCUCUCUCACUUCCCCCAUACCCCCUCCCCCUCUCUCUCUGUCUCUGCAACACUUGACUCAAUUCUUAUCUGAUUUUCCUUCCAAGUCUUUUCUUCUUUUGUACAUAUCAACAACACAGCAUCAUCUAUCCAUGGCUGCCAACAAGUUUGCUACCAUGUUGCAUAGAAACACCAACAAAAUCACUCUUGUUAUCGUUUAUGCCAUCCUGGAGUGGAUUCUGAUCAUCCUUCUUCUACUAAACUCUCUCUUUUCUUUCUGUAUAUUGAAAUUCGCCGAUUACUUUGGCCUCAAAAGACCUUGUGUGUGGUGCACUAGGAUUGAUCAGAUCAUCGAGCCCGGCAACAGCAGGAAUUCUUUGAGAGAUCUUGUGUGCGAUGAUCAUGCCUCUGAGAUUUCCAAACUGGGUUUCUGCUCGACUCAUCGGAGACUAGCUGAAUCGGAGGAUAUGUGUGAGGAUUGCUCAUCCUCAUCUCAGACAGAUUACGUCAAAAUUUCGAAGAAUUUUGGUUUCUUUCCAUGGAUGAAGCAGAUUGGUAUGAUUCAGGAUGCUCAUGAUACGGGAACUGAAGAUGAAAAGGAAAGUUUGAGUUGUUCUUGCUGUGGCGUUCGCUUGGACAGCAGACCCUACUCUCCUUGUAUUCUGAUUAAACCUUCUUUGAGCUUUCUGGAUUAUACCAAACAGAAGAAAAAUUUUAUUACAGAAGGUGGGGUUGAUGCAGAGCUUGAUAAGGAUAGUCUCUCAGAUCGUAUCAGAUUGGAUUUUGCAGCUGAUCACCAUGAAGAUGAACGAAGCACUGAAGAAAACAAGAAAAGUCACAUGGUCUCUGAUGUUGACGGGGGUUCAGCUGGAAGGGGAGAGGAGGAUGACGACACUUGUGCUUGCUCUGUUUGUGAUAAUUUGAAGGAGAUUAUGGAUGAUCAAGAUUACAAGUUGGAUUGGGAUCAAGAUAAAGAACAAGAAGCCGCUGAGGAGCAAAAUCCUAAUAUCCCCAAAGAUGAUCAAUCUUGCGACAUGUCCUCAGCUCAAGUUUCCGCAACUGACGAGAAAACUCAGGGAACUUCACUUCGGCAUCUGGAAUUUUUAAUUCAUGGUGAUGAUUGCAGAUUGAUCCCUAUUGAGAACCAAAAUCAAAAUGUGGGAGAUCAUGGAAUUGACAGCAACGAAGAUGUUAUUUUGGACUUUGACAUGCAAGGUGAUGCAGAAGCUGAACCAGCUAUGGAGAAUUGGCAUACUUCGGUGAAUUCUGAGGCAGUAUCUCCAGCUCGUGAGAGUACAGAGGCUUCCGAUAUCAAUUGGCUUGAAUCAGUUGAAGUAAGAACCAGAGAGGAACCCUCAGGAUUUCAAGAAGAAGAAAAUUUGGAGCAGAAGCACCAAGAAGACUCACCUAUGGUUGAUAAUGUUGAAGCAAACAAGGAAACAAGAGAAGAAACAUGUACGAAUAUUUCUCCAGCAUCUGAAGAGGCGGCACAAAUGCAGGGUGAUGAAUCUGAAGCAGAUGUCUCAAUUGGGACUGAAAUUCCUGAACAUGAACCAGUGGAUGAAUUUCAAAGCCAAGAUAUUCUCUUGGAUUCAAAUCAAAAUGAAAAAGGUCAUGACAAAGACGAGGAAGAAUUUGUAGAAUUUAGAACCAUGGUGAUUGAACCAAAGAUACCAGUGGAAAACAAUAAUUUGUCAUCUUUGGAGAUUAGUGAAAAUGAGAAUGAGAAAGUUCCAGAUACCCCCACUUCUGAAAAUGAGGAUGAGAGAGUUCCUGAUACACCCACUUCUCUUGAGAAUCUUCAUCAGCUACACAAGAAAUUGCUACUACUUGAGAGGAAAGAAUCCGGAGCAGAGGAUUCAUUGGAUGGAAGUGUCAUUAGCGACAUUGAUUGUGGUGAGCUAACCACUGAGAAAUUAAAAUCAGCAUUGAAGGCUGAAAGAAAGGCUUUAAAUGCUCUAUACGCAGAGCUAGAAGAAGAGAGGAGUGCAUCUGCCAUAGCGGCCAGUCAGACAAUGGCAAUGAUAAAUAGGCUUCAGGAAGAGAAAGCGGCAAUGCAGAUGGAAGCUUUGCAGUACCAAAGGAUGAUGGAAGAACAAUCUGAGUACGAUCAAGAGGCUUUGCAGCUUCUGAAUGAGCUUAUGGUAAAGAGGGAGAAAGAGAACCAAGAGCUUGAAAAGGAGCUUGAAGCAUAUCGAAGGAAGGUUCAAGAGUACGAAAUUAGAGAGAAAACUAUGAUGUCAAGAAGGGAUUGCACAAUAAGAAGCAGAACUUCAUCUCCUUGUUGUAGCAAUGCAGGAGAGAGUGAUGGACUAUCUAUUGAUCUUAAUCAUGAAGCAAAGGAAGAAAACGGCUUCUACAACUAUCAAGAAAUCAGCAGCAACAAAAACACCCCAGUGGAUGGUGUUCUAUACUUGGAAGAAUCAUUGUCAAGCUUUGAGGAAGAGAGGGUAUCAAUUCUAGAGCAGCUGAAAGUAUUGGAAGAAAAGCUGGUGAAGUUGAAUUACGAAGAAGAACAUGAUUCUGAUGAUAUCAAAUCCACAGAACAUCUUUGUGUUGAGAAUGGGAAUGGAUUCCAUGAUUAUGACGAUUAUAGAGAUCAGGUAAAUGGAUUUGCAAAUGGUCAUGCAGAGGAAAUCAAUGGUAAGCAUCAUCAAGGGAAGAAAAUCGUGGUUCCAAAAGCCAAGAGACUUCUUCCACUUUUUGAUGCAAUUGUUGAUGCAGAAGCCCAAGAUGGGGUGUUUCAUGGUAAGGAGAACGGACUGCAUUUUGAUUCCUUGCAAAAUGGUUCAGCAGAAAAGGCUGAAUUGGAGGAGGAGAAACUUGUAGUAGAAGAGAUCGAUAACGUUUACGAGAGACUCCAAGCACUUGAAGCAGACAGAGAGUUCCUUAAGCACUGUAUGAGCUCCUUGAGAAAAGGGGACAAAGGCCUAGACCUUCUCCAAGAAAUUUUACAACAUCUUCGUGAUCUGAGAAAUGUCGAAGUUAGAGUCAGGAAUAUGAGCGAUCUUACUUCCUAAAGAAGUUUAUUAUCAGCUAAGCCACUACAUUAAAAAGAGAUUUGCCACGUUGGAGUUGAUCGGCAAGUUGCAAAUCAGGCAUGCAUCAUAUAGAACACCAAAGCAUCAGUUCAUUUUUAUCAUUAAAAAAAUGCCAGCGGAAGUUCUUCCCUGAUGGAGAAGGGAGAAUCCGGGUAUGGUCUGUUUGAAUCAUGGUGGACAACAAAAUGGAGCCUGCCAUUUUCUGUUCUAUUUUGAAUCCUCGUUUUAUUGUCCAUGUAAACCCAAAUUUUUAUGGGUUGCGUCGAGAACUUUAGGUAGUCUCAACCUGCUAAAGAUAAGUAACCUGAGUAAAUUAUGAACAAAUAUAUAGGCAUGUCAGGUUCAUUUUUAGUGAAACUCAAACUGACCUCUGCAUGCUUAUGUAUUUAUUUAUAAUUUCACUUGGUACACUUAUUCUUUGGUAGGUGGGGUCUACUGAAGAGAUUGAGAAUCUCUUUGGUUGUGUCCAUCAUCACCUUCUAGGGGAAAGAAGGAUGAUGAGAGUAUGUGUGUGAAGGCUAAUGAGGAAAAGCCACCCUGUCAAAUUGUAUUUUGUGAGGAAAGGCCUGGCUUUGCAGAGCUGGAUUGAUCCAACAAAAUGUUGCUGUGCCAGGUAAAUAGGGCAUUAGUUUAUUAGACGGACAGAAUUAGGACCCACUAGUUUUGUCAACUUUUAAAUCUUUUUUUGGGGAGCAGGGAAAAAGGAGAGGUAAGGAGCCUCUUUCUUGUCCCUUUGUCUCAUCUUUUGCAUUAUUGCAUCAUAUGAGAGUUUGUUUUUAUUUCGGAGAGGGAAAAUUGAGCUGAGUCACUUGUAUACUACAUGUAUUCAUUUUUGUAAUUAUAUAAAAAAGUGAGUGUUUGUUUUUGUUA